AUGGGAUUAAACAGUGUGAUUGAUGAACAUGCACACUUCAAAAUUUCUGAUAAAGGGAAAGCCUUUGAUCAAACAGAUGAUGAUGUUCAGGCUUUGUACACUGUCCUGCCUCAAGCAAACAUAACAAACUUCCUUUGUACUAGGGCUAUACAUUUGGAUCAUUCAUUUGUCCAGCAAACCUGUGAAAAAAGAGAAAUUUUGUGUGUGGUAAAUGAAAAGAUUAUCACCUCCCAAAAGUGCUCAAUUUCUGAACAUUUGCAAAUUGAAGAAAAGUGUGGUGGUACGCUGGGACUUAAAACAAAAAUAUUGAAGGUUUCGGCAAAUGAUGAUGGUACUAUAUCCAAGGAUACAGAGAUUGUAUUGGAGAUCCCACCUCGUACUGUUAUUGCGUACGGUGUCACUGAGCUAAUUAUAAACCAGAAUGGCCAGUUUGAUCUCUGCCUACUUACUGAAGAAAGUGGAGGCUUUGAUAAAGUCCUGCUAGGCAAAAAUAAAAGAGAAUUUUCAGUGUGCACCUCUUUGACAUGUAUUGAUGGAGAACAUAAAAACAAAGAGUGUAUGAAGGAUGUCCCGAGUGAAACUUCGCUAAGUGUUUUAAAACCAGUUAUUGAAGAGGCUCAGCUACAGCUGCAGCCGUUCAGUGAACUUUCUGAGGAAAAGUGUCAGCAACUGUUUAAAUUUUACUGUGAGUUCUUGUACCACGAAGAUGUGAUUUCUCUUCUUGAAAAUGUUUUGGAUGAGCUUUCUUCAGGGGAACAGCCAAAUCUAAUGGGACUGCAAGAGCUGGAGUCAAUACAGGCUCAAAAAAUCAAGGAUAUGCUACAGAUUUUGGGCUACAACUGCCCAAAUGAGGAUGGCUCUUCAGCGAUUAAAGAUGCUGCAAGUUCUGAGCUACUUACAGCUGCAUUCUACUUUUUUAGUGCUUUAGAUGCUUUGUCUGAAGAAACUCUUGCAGUUUUGGGUAUUUGCUGUGAAAUUCAAAUUCUCCCAACGUUGCUUUAUUCGAUUAACAACAUCCCUGAUGAUGGAAUGCUUCCUGUUGAUAAUCCAGACCUGCUGCUCUUAAAAGAAGAGGAUCACUUUUAUGCAAUUCAACGUCUAUUUGCUUUAUCAAAUAUCUGCCUUGAAAAGAAAGAAUCAUCCAUCCAUGUUGUGACUGGCAAUCAGCCUGGUGUGCUUCCAGUGUGCCUUUGCAUAGUCCUGCAGGGAUUUGCUAUUCUUAAUGGGAUCAAAAGAGAUGAAUAAACAGUCCAAAUCUUCAGGCUUGGAUGUGUUUAAAAGUUGAUCUUCAUUUUAUUGCUUUAAUGCAUUCAAUAUAGUUGAUGUGUCGUAAAGAUUCCAGGAAUAUGAUUAAUGUUUUGAGAAGGAGCAAGAUGGAAAGUUCAGUUGUGAAUUCCAGUCAAUGGCAAAAUGAAUCACAGAAUUUCAGAAUUAUUACAAUGCAGAAGGUCAUUUGGCCCAUUGUGUUGGCACAUGGUGUACAUCAUGUUUAUACAGUAUAUUCCAUCUUGCAGAAAAUUGCAGAGUGUAUGGCAUUUGUAGUGUCAGAAAUUACAGAAAAUGUCAGUAAAUUAUUCCCUUAAGUUGUCAGCAAAAGAUCAGUAUUAUCAGUUAAUUAGUUUAAUUAGGCAAAACAAAAUAGCUUUGUUUGAAUAAGAAGUUAACAUGUAACAUUAUCUAGAAGAGGAAAAACAUUGUAAUCCAAAUGACUUUGUAGUUGAAUUAUGAUAAGUAAGGAAGUGAUAGUCAAUAUCCCCUGUGCCAUUUGUUCCAAAUUCAAAAUCUGGAGCACUGGUCUAUAUCUCUCAUUUCCAAGUUUAAACUACAAUUAAUAAGAACUUCAGCUGAAAACACUAACCGUUAACUACCAGAAUAGUCCAUGUUUGCAUUCACUGAAUAUUGAUAUGAAUUUCUGACUAAUUUUAAAGUAUAAUUCUACUAAGCAUAAACAUGGAUUUCAAAUAAGAUUUUAAAAGAAGUUGUUCUAUUGAAAAGUAGUUAUAUAUUUCUGAAUGAAGAAUGUUAGAAAUUUAACAUUUAAUAGUUUGAAAAAUUAAUAGUAAUUUGUAUUAAAUUUGUAAUAUUACAGAUUUGUUUGUAAACAUGAAGUUUGUUUUUCAGUUUUUACAUGUAUCUUUAUUGAAGUGCCUUUUAAUAAUAUUAGCAUCUGACAAAUCAAAUAAUGAUUGUCGAGGUCACUAACUUUGACGUGUUAAAAUCAGUACUGAAGUACUGUACCUUGUGCAGUUAGUUCUCAGGUUAAUCGCACGCAUUUAAGUACCUAUCGUACAUGAAAUCUACAGUUCGGAAGACGGUUCUUGAUGUUUACUAUAGGUGUAUAGAAUGCCCACUGAGUGGAAGUAGAAAUUUCAGUACAAGCAAUUGAAAACUAACUUAUAACAAUAUUUUUAUUCACUAAUCAUAUUGUCUGGUUGUGCAACCUCAAUAUUUAGGUGGAUUUAUCUUGUAACAAUACUAUUUUCAAUAGUUUACACGUACACAUCUAAAUGUGGAGGCAUUGCUUAAAAUCAGGUAUAUUUGAUAUGUGUUUACAUUGA